UCAAACUAAACAACCAAACGGUCGCACUUUUCCCUGCUUUGUUUUUUGCAAAAACAAAAUUAUAUUAAUUUUAUUUGAUUGUCGGGCAUAUUUAACUGAUCCGAAACUUCAAAAUGUCGGACAAUGAUGACGAUUUCAUGUGCGACGACGACGAGGAUUAUGGACUGGAGUACUCAGAGGACAGCAAUUCGGAGCCGGACGUGGACCUGGAGAACCAGUACUACAAUAGCAAGGCCCUGAAGGAGGAGGAACCCAAGGCUGCCUUGGCCAGUUUCCAGAAGGUGCUCGACCUGGAGAACGGCGAGAAGGGAGAAUGGGGCUUCAAGGCGCUGAAACAAAUGAUUAAAAUCAACUUUAGGCUGUGCAACUACGAUGAGAUGAUGGUGCGUUAUAAGCAGCUACUGACUUAUAUUAAAAGCGCUGUGACCAGAAACCACUCGGAAAAGAGCAUCAAUUCGAUCCUGGACUAUAUAUCCACCUCAAAGAAUAUGGCCCUGCUUCAGAACUUCUACGAGACCACGCUGGACGCCCUGCGCGAUGCCAAAAACGACCGGCUUUGGUUCAAGACCAACACCAAGCUGGGCAAGCUCUACUUUGACCGCAGCGACUUUACCAAGCUGCAGAAGAUACUCAAACAGCUGCACCAGAGCUGCCAGACGGACGAUGGCGAGGACGACCUGAAGAAGGGCACCCAGCUGCUGGAGAUCUAUGCCCUUGAAAUCCAGAUGUACACGGUGCAGAAGAACAACAAGAAGCUCAAGGCUCUCUACGAGCAGUCCCUCCACAUCAAGUCGGCCAUUCCGCAUCCCCUGAUCAUGGGCGUGAUCCGUGAGUGUGGCGGAAAAAUGCAUCUCCGCGAGGGCGAGUUCGAGAAGGCGCACACCGACUUCUUUGAGGCGUUCAAGAACUACGAUGAGAGCGGGUCCCCCCGGAGAACCACCUGCUUGAAGUACUUGGUUUUGGCCAACAUGCUGAUGAAAUCCGGCAUCAAUCCGUUCGACUCCCAGGAGGCCAAGCCGUACAAGAACGACCCCGAGAUCCUGGCCAUGACCAAUCUCGUCAACUCCUAUCAAAACAACGACAUCAAUGAGUUCGAGACCAUCCUGCGUCAGCACCGCAGCAACAUAAUGGCCGAUCAGUUCAUUCGGGAGCACAUCGAGGACCUCUUGCGCAACAUUCGCACUCAGGUGCUCAUUAAACUGAUAAGGCCAUACAAGAACAUCGCUAUACCCUUCAUUGCCAAUGCGCUGAACAUCGAGCCAGCGGAGGUCGAGAGUCUGCUGGUCUCCUGCAUCCUGGAUGACACUAUCAAGGGACGCAUCGACCAGGUGAACCAAGUGCUCCAGCUAGACAAGAUCAACAGCAGCGCCUCGCGCUACAAUGCCCUGGAGAAGUGGUCCAACCAAAUCCAAUCGCUACAGUUCGCGGUGGUCCAGAAAAUGGCCUAACUAUAGCUAUGCUGUAUACUAAAACUUUAAAGCCGAUUAAAAAUUAUACAACUUUAA